AUGGUCUCGACUCAUAUGGCAUAUGAUUGCGUGACAUCGUGGAAGGUUCCUAGCGUAAACGGCAAUUCGAUUCCAAGCCGCAACUUGUCGUUCUCGUUAAUCCGCAACCAGUCAGCUGCCAACUUAGGCAUACAGUCAUACCAAUGUGCUGUGAGUAUAUCUCGUCUAUAUCAUCUAUAUGAUAUGAAAAAUACAACCCCUAUUUAAAAUCAACGAUGAAAAUGAAUUUCAAUAUAGUCGGUAUAAUAUUUUAGAUUCUAAGCGAAGCAAGAAAUAUUUUGGUUGUACAAUGAUGUUUUUUGUUUUAUGUUAUAUAUAUAUAGUACGGUGUAUACUUUGUACAACAUUUAUACCGGAUAUUUUGCCCCAUUACGGAGUGAUCGAUCUAUCAUAAAACAUUGUUAAUCUCGGAAAGAAUUAAUUUUUCCGGAAUUUGGAUUUUAGAACAUUUAAAAACAAGCUACUCUACAAUUUUAUAUUUAUGUUUUUUUUUGUCACCUCUAUGUUUGGAGGUAAAACCACUACCAGCCUUUAAUUUUUAAAUAGCAACCUGUNUUAAAAAUUCCCUAAAUAGAUGGAAUAUUAUUUAAAAUAAAUUUGAGUGUUGAAACUUUUGAUUGCCAUCAAUCUAUUGACGAUAUAUUCCACUUUUAAAUUUCUUUUGGAGGAGAGUAGUAGUAAUAAUACAUUACCGCUCUCCCCCAAACCAAACUUAUAAGUGGAAUAUCUCGUCAUCUGUUUAAAGAAAGUCAAAAAUUUUACACCAAAAUUUAAUUUAAUUAAUACUUAAUAAUAUAUAUUUAUGAAACUUCUAAUGCGGAUUGCCAUUUGAAAAUCAAAAGUGGUUUUAUCCUCAAAAAUAAGGGUGACAAAAAAAUAACAUGUAUAUAACAUCGUAGAACAGAUUGUUUCCUNUAGAUUGAUCACUCUGUAUAUCAAAUGUGACAUAUUUUCUAAAUGGAAAUUUUAUCUAAUUGGUACUUAAAGGGAGUUCUUUUGAUUUUCGUUGAUUAAAAAAGUAGUUUUCUAUAGUAUUGUAUUUUUAAUAAUUGAGCAACAACGUAUGAAGUAAUGAACAAUUUACAAAUAUAAUUCUUUUAUUAUUUUCAAUUUGGUUUUUUCUUUUGUUAUAAUUCUUAUGAGAUGUCUGUAGACUAGAAAUUUGGAAAAAAAAACCAAUAUUUACCUUUUAUAGACGUGGGAACGUAUUUAAAAUAAUUGAGCCAUUUUUAAACUACUUAAAGACAUUUAAAUUUUGUAAGUUUUUUCGGCUAGGUACUCGUGAAUAAAAUUGUUAGACUAAUNCAUACAGUCAUACCAAUGUGCUGUGAGUAUAUCUCGUCUAUAUCAUAUAUAUGAUAUAUAAAAUAAAACCCCUAUUUAAAAUCAACGAUGAGAAUGAAUAUCAAUAUAGUCAGUAUAGUAUUUUAGAUUCUAAGCGAAGCAAGAAAUAUUUUGGUUUUACAAUGAUGUUUUUUGUUUUAUGUUAUAUAUAUAUAUAGUACGGUGCAUACUUUGUACAACAUUUAUGCCGGAUAUCUUGCCCCAUUACGGAGCGAUCGAUCUAUCAUAAAACAUUGUUAAUCUCGGAAAGUAUUAAUUUUUCCGGAAUUUGGUUUUUAGAACAAUAAAAAACAAGCUACUCUACACAUUUAUAUUUCUGUUUUUUUUUAUCACCUCUAUGUUUGGAGGUAAAACCACUAUCAGCCUUUAAUUUUCAAAUAGCAACCUGUAUUNAAAAUUCCCUAAAUAGAUGGAAUAUUAUUUAAAAUAAAUUUGAGUGUUGAAACUUUUGAUUGCCAUCAAUCCAUUGACGAUAUAUUCUACUUUUGGAGGAGAGUAGUGGAGUAUCAUUCAUAUGGCUAUAUGGUGCAUGGCAUGUUAAUAAUACAUUACCGCUCUCCCCCAAACCAAACUUACAAGUGGAAUAUCUCGUCAUCUGAUUAAAGAAAAUCAAAAAUUUCACACCAAAAUAUAAUUUAAUUAAUACUUCAUCUAUUUAUGAAACUUUUAAUGCGGAUUACCAUUUGAAAAUCAAAAGUGAUUUUAUCCUCAAAAAUAAGGGUGACAAAAAAAUAACAUGUAUAUAACAUCGUAGAACAGAUUGUUUACUUAAUAUAAUGGAAAACAAAUUCUGGAAAAGUUAAUACAUUCGAGAUAACNAUCAAAAGUGAUUUUAUCCUCAAAAAUAAGGGUGACAAAAAAAUAACAUGUAUAUAACAUCGUAGAACAGAUUGUUUCCUUAAUAUAAUGGAAAACAAAUUCUGGAAAAGUUAAUACAUUCGAGAUAACUUGUGUCGUAUGAUAGAUUGAUCACCCUGUAUAUCAAAUGUGACACAUUUUUUAAAUGGAAAUUUUAUCUAAUUGGUACUUAAAGGGAGUUCUUUUGAUUUUCGUUGAUUAAAUAAGUAGUUUUCUACAGUAUUGUAUUUUUAAUAACUGAGCAACAACGUAUGAAGUAAUGAACAAUUUACAAAUAUAAUUCUUUUAUUAUUUUCAAUUAAGUUUUUUCUUUUGUUAUAAUUCUUAUGAGAUGUCUGUAGACUAGAAAUUUGGAAAAAAACCUAUAUUUACCUUUUAUAGACGUGGGAACGUAUUUAAAAUAAUUGAGCCGUUUUUAAACUACUUAAAGACAUUUAAAUUUUGUAAGUUUUUCGGCUAGGUACUCGUGAAUAAAAUUGUUAGACUAAUCAGAACUAUUUGAAAAUUUAAAAUUGGUUCAUUAUAAAUAUUACUUAGUGGAACGGUAUCGUACUUUUAUAGUAGUAAAAAAUAAUGAGUUCAUUGUUUUGUAGAAUUUUUUAUUAGAUUUUAAAAUUCUUUUAAAAUCAAAUUUUGAAAAAAUUGUAAAUAUCACGGGCUUUCAAAAAAUGUGUAACCGAACUCCAUUCAGAAUCGUUGUUCAUUAGCAAUGAUCGUUAAAUUGUUGCGUACUGAUUUAUAUUAGAUUGUCUCUAUAAUAUUCUACUUUCCCAAUUUCUCCCCAACAUCAGUGGCCCACCUAUUGUGCGCAGUAUGUGCGUCUUUUUAACAUCGAGAUGAAAAAAAAAUAAAAAUAAAAUUAAUGUUAUCAUUAUAAUACAAUAUAGUUAACUGAGUCUGUGACGGCGGACGGCACUGUGUUAUUGAUCGCGAUAUCCGCGGACGAACAUUGCGACGGAUUAUUAAAACCCUAUGAUCAUCAUGUGAAAGACGGAAAGAUGGUGAUGCUGCUCUACCAGAACUCUCGACGUCCGCUGCAGCCGAUAGACCGUCCGACGAGAGAGGUUACGGAUGAACAAUGCAGGCAAGUGGCCACCAUAAAUCAUACGCGGAUGUUGUUUCGUUAUAGAUUAUUUUGCCAGUUGUAAUUCAUAUCGUUUGUCUGCGAUGAACUUAAAUACAUUAUAUUAUACGAAAUUGGUUAUGUUGCCGAACAUUCGAAAAUAUAAACGAGCGGAUUCCGCAUUUAGUUAUUAUUAUUUUAAUACGGGCAAAAUAUUAAUCACGAAUAUACCAAUUCUAUUAUCAUUAUUUCAAUAAAAUACACUUACCUAAUUAAAAGCGUGUUGUUUUUAGGUUUUCGGAUUUCACCCAAGGCGAAUGGUUAAACUUGAGAGUUGACGGUGGGACUCUACAGUAUGUGCACGUCGUACACCACGACGAAAUUGACAGUGGUGAACAGAAAGGCGACGAUGAAACCGGCCAACAGACCCGAAUCAGGCGGCAAAUUUACUCGGAUCCUACUGUGCUUGACGGAGAUGAAAUAAGGGUACGUGAAACAAAUGCAUUCAAUAACUUUUAACCUUAUUGAUAUGAGUUAAUUACCGUUGACUUGAACAUUAUUUUAAUUAACGGUUACCAUUAAUAUUUUGGUGCGAUGGUGGCUCUUAUUUUAAGUGCCCGUGCACUAUCUACGUACCGACAAUACAAUUUAAAAGUGUUAAACCAUAGUAACAGUAAUUUUGUAGUAAGUAGGUACCUGAAAUAUAGGUUUAUAUGAAAAUCGCGUUUCAACAUUUUAAGAGAUUCUGAAUAUUAUCACGCAACUUAAAAUUGGGUAAAUUGAGUUGUUUAUAGUGCGAAACGGCCGCGCGGUCGUCGUCGGGCACGGAAACGCGGAGUAAAUGAUAGCCGUGACAUUUUUGAGACAGUUUUAAUAUAUAGGUCAGUGUGGAGUGUGUGAUUGGAUACAUAAAAUGGGGCCUUGGUUAUCAUGCGUAAGGUAAUCGAUUGAAAUCUUUGUAUUAUGCGUAAAUUUGAUGGUUUAGCCGCACCCCAUAACUGGAUGCCAUAAGUCCACAUAGGCAUGAGAAGUUGUUUAUAAAUUAGGAGUUUGGAAUUGAGGUUAAGUUUAGAGUGAUUACCUAUCAGAUAGUGUAGUGUUUUCCUUCUGAGGUUUAGAGUGUUGCGUUUAAUUUUUAUAUCUUCUGCCCAGGUGAGUCUCUUGUCUAGGGUUAGACCUAGGUAACGGAUGUUGGGGACAAUUGGUAUUGUUUGAUUAUUUAGGUUGGCAGAAGGUAUUUCACCCUGCCUUAAAGAAAAAGUAAUGUGUGAUAACUUUUCGUUGUUAAUUUUAUCUUUCCAUUUAGUAUACCAGGAAGAUAGGCUGUUUAGGUGGUUUUGUAAGUGUAGAAUGGUAGUGUAUAGAUCAUUUUGAGAAGUUUAUAUAAUAUUUACAUCAGUGAAUUCGGCUACUGAAGUAUUCGGGAAAGUUGGUUGGUCAGCUGUGAAUAAGUUGUAUAGGAAAGGCGAUGAAACAGCACCUUGGGGGACACCAGCUACUAUAGGAGUAAUUGAUGAUACUUCCGUGCCUACUUUUGUCACAAAGAAACGGUUAUUGAGUUACGAUUGAAAGAAGAGUAAAUAAGGCGCGGGAAGAAUCGCUUUUAAUUUAUAAAGAAGUCCCGGGUGCCAAACCAGAUCAAAAGCCUGGGCAAAAACUAAUGAAACAGCAGAGCAAUAUUUUUUCAUUUCCAGUGAAUACGAUAUUGAGUCAACUAAUCGGUUAAUUUGAUGGAUUCUUGAAUGUUUAUUCCUGAAUCCAAAUUGUGAAUUUGGGAUGAUUUGAUAGAUAUUAAUUAGUCGGGAUAUACGUUUUAAAAUUAAUUUUUCGGAUAGUUUGGCAAAUAAAGGAAGAAUACUUAUUGGACGAUACGAAGUUGAUAUGUCCGGGGGUUUAUUUGGUUUAGGAAUCAAGACAAUAACUGAAGUUUUCCACUGAACCGGAAUGUACGAGAGUCUUAGUAUGGAAUUUAAAAUAUGGAUGAGGUGGAUAACGGCUUUUUUUGAUAGUUGGCGAGCAACUUCAGCUGUAAUUAAGUCCAAUCCAGGGGAAUUUGAUGUAGUGGUAGACUUCAGAUGGUGAGAAAGGUUUGGUCGGUAGGUAGAGUGGUAGUGAGGAGCCUAAUGUUUUUAAGACAUGUUCAGUAAAUAAAUGGAGGCUGAUAUCCUUGGAGGGUUGGAAAACAUGUUCAAGUUGUGAGCGGAAGACAGCUGCUUUCUCCCCAUCCGAUUUUCAACAGGUACCAUCCGGUUUUUUUAAGGAGGAGCAUUUAGGUUUUUGUUUUAAACACUGACGAGUUGCAUUUCAGAGGGAACCAUCUUUAGCACUGAUAGAGGAAAUCCAAGAGUUGAAGGAUUCGGCUUUUAAAGGGUUCAGAUUACGUUUAAGGGACGAGGAUAGGUAGUUGUAGAUAUUUUUAUCUGAUAAUUUCUAAAAGCUAUUGAUUUUUAUAUACAUUUUUAACUAUCUAAAGACUACAACUGAAGCGAAAAAUAUUUUUCUACAUUAGAACUUAUAAAGAGUUUUUUUAAAAUAUUCAACGAAGGAAAAACGGAUGACAGCCCUAACAAUGCUAUCGAUUAAAAACAAAUGAUAACUAAAAUUCCCAACUUUAAUGAAAAAAAAAAAUAAAUAUAGGUCUACGAAAAUCAGACAGGAGAAUUUAUUUUAUUUAUAAACACAUACCUGAAGUUUGAAAUUCAAUUGUUAAAUAAAAAAAUGAUAAUAUAUUCGAAUUUUUAUCUUUUUUGAAUUUAUUUUUAUAAAUUGGCACUGCAUGAUAAAAUAUUAGAGCUAUUGAAAAAAGAAGAACACUACGAAACACAUAAAGUUUUUGUACAUAUCUUAAAAUUAUGAUAGCACUACUAAAAACAUAGAAAGUGAGGUUCCCCAUAAAAAACAGUUUAUUAAACCCAAAUUUGUUUUUUUAUACGACUCUAUGUAAUUUAUAAUAUACCAUACGAUCGAUUUUCAAGUAAUUAUCUAAGUCUGCAAAAUAUUAAUUUUAGGUUACUACCAAAUAAAAACACAUGCAAAAUAACUGAAAUAGAGUAAUGUCGUUGUAUGACUUAAUUGUUUGCCGUUUUAGUUGUAAUUUUCUUUCUAGAUUUUUCUAAUGAUUUUGGAAACCCCUUGGAAAACCUAAAAAAAUCUCUAUAAUGCACAACAAGAAAAAAUUACAAAACUAUAGUCUAAAAUAUUAUAUUUUGAUCAAUAUGAUUGUUGGUUUACAGAAAUAUAUUAUCCAGUGGGACAAUGCAAGAUCUAGGCGUUCGUUAUCCGAUGUCAUAGCAUCGAGUCUUCCUAUUCCGUCCGGACCAACUCCACCACCGAGUCCACCACCUACACCUCCGCAUACCCCGUCAAGAACCCAAUCGAGAGUUCAUUCUACUUACAAUUCAAUGUUUGAGGCUAAAGAUUUGAUAAAGUCGUUUGACACGUUAAUAGAAGAGUAUGAACAAUUAAUUAACAACGAUAAAGAAUAUAAGGAAACACGGAGAAAGCGCAGUUUCACACAGAAAAACAACCCAACUAAAUAUAGAUGGCGUUGUGUUAGAAGGAUUAAUAACGAGGAUUCAUUGUACAAUCAACGCACGGGCGCUAAGUUCUUGACAUGGGGUGGAAAGGUCGAGGAACAUGUCGACCAAUCCGGAAACCAACAACUGUGAGUUUACAAUUACGUGUAUAAUCGUUUUUAUAGAAAUAAUUGAUAUAAAGAUCCAAAUUUUGAUGAUUUAUUAAUUUAUUAUAUUUAAUGUUAAUAUCAUUUAUUCUAGUGACAACGGAAAUAGUUCUACGCCUGUCAACAAAGGAAAAGAUUAUAAAAUGACUUACAGUUGUCUGUGGUUUGUUCUUAGGGGCCCAAAUAUAUUGGAAUAUUCAGUUGUUGGUUAGUAUAUGAUGUUUGUUAAAUAUCGAUAAGUAGAAAACUGGAAAUUGAAAACCAAAAAUACAUGAUAGAAUUUAUGCCAAAACGGUUGUCAAAACGACAUUAUUUCAUUAAAUAUUGUCUGCUCGUAAAUAUAAUUAAAAUUUAUAUUAUGUUAUAUUAAUUAAAUAUUAUCCACAUCAAACAAGUUUUAGAAAAUGUUACUACAAAUAACUACAAAUAACUCAAAAACGUGCAGAUUAUAUCAAAAUUGUUAGUUUAGAAAAUGCUAAUACUAGAAUAGGUAUUUAAUAACCAUUUUAGAUCUCUAUGGUUAUUUUCACUCAAUAAGAAUGAAAAAUACAAAAUUAAAACCGCAAUAUUCUCGAUUAUCCUAUAUUUCCAUUGGUUUUCCCCGAUAUUAAGAAAAGUAGAAGGACACAAAAUAACCUACUCAAUGCAUCAGCUUAACACAAUGUGUUAUUAUUUAUUAUUAUUAUUUUUAUUCUUUAUUUAUUUACGGCGCUCCAUUAUCUUUAUUAUAUCAGAAGAUAUUUCAAUGGUAUCUCUUUGUGGGACAUUCUGCAUUAUGUCCAAUAAACAAAUUUAAACGAUUUGAACGUAUAAAAAUAUUUCGAAUUUAUUAAGUUUUAGGUAUUAUUCAUAACUGUGUUUUACAAUUUUUAGGCACUGGCCUGCCAAAACCAGACCAGGAUUUGAAGAGCUUUGCACGGGAACUCUGUAAGGAAAACAAGUCGGGUAGUCGUGGCUUUGAUGUUAUCAAGCGGAAAAACCUUAAUCCCCGCCGUGAGUGGUGGGCCACGGAAUCCAGUGACUAUAUACCUCUAUACUAA